AUGCCUGGUAAGAAAUCUUACAACUGUUGUAAUUGUCCACGCGUGGUACGACAGAAAGACAGAUACAGCAUUGCAAGAAAAUACAGAGUCGUUAUCUCCAAACUAUCUGGGAGAACACCAGGUGACGAUGACUUCCUAUGCAACAGAUGUAGGUGCAUGUGUGCACGUCACAUAAAACGCAAAGGUCAUAGCAUGGCGAGCACGACAGAUUGUCAAGGUGAAUCCGCACCAUCAACAUCAUCUACAACUUUAACACCUCAGUUCAGUCCACCAUCAGUAACUCUUCCUUUUCCUUGCACAUCAAGAGGACAUGCUGCAUGUUGCAUCUGCAAAAGGCCAGGACCAAAGCUAGUUGUGGUUCCAGUGGGAUUUCGUCAUCGAAUCUUUAUCACCAAAGAAGUCAUAAUUCCUGCUGGAGCUCGUUGCUGCCCAAAACACCUGCAGAGAGACAUUGAAAGUUUGAACCCAACAGCGAGAACAACAAAGUUCAAUAAAACUUCAAUAACUGAGCUGAUCAAGUUCUUAAGAACUGAGAUUAUACGAAGUGAGAAAGCAAGGCUAGAUUUUGACAGUGAAAAUCUUACAGACACUGAAUAUGUAGAUCUCCUGGGGAUAUCAAAAGCUUCUUUCAAUGACAUGAUGCUGUUUAUCGAGGGGAAAAUCAAAAUAACUCCUGCUAGAACUACCAGAACCAGCCUUGCAAUCUUUUUGCUAAAAUUGAGAGGAGGGGAGUCAAACAAGAUUUUGUCCACAUUGUUUAAUAUUUCCAAAUCCAGUAUACAAAGAAGUGUGCGAGCUGUCCGCAAUAUAUUGAUGACUGGAGGUUUUGUCACAGAAAACCUUGGAUUUGGUCACAUAACGCGAGAGGAGAUAAUCAAUAAGCAUACGCGACCCCUUGCCCAGACACUUUUUGGUGAUGACACAACUCAGCAAGCCAUACUUAUAUUGGAUGGGACGUACAUCUACAUCAACAAAAGUGGUAAUUUUAGAUUUCAACGUCAAUCCUACAGUCUCCACAAAGGCAGGCCACUUGUGAAACCUAUGGUCAUUGUGUCAUCGACAGGCUACUUUGUUUCUGUAUUAGGCCCUUAUAUUGCAAAAAACAAUGAUGCCUCCAUACUCAACCACAUUUUGAAAAGAAAUAUCGAUGACAUACAGGGAUGGGUUUGCGAGGAUGAUGUAUUUGUGGUGGACCGUGGUUUCAGAGACUCCUUGGAUGACUUGGAGGAACUAGGUAUCAAGGCACAGAUGCCAUCCUUUAUGGCUCAUGGAGACAGGCAAAUGUCAACUGAAAGUGCAAAUAUUAGUCGAUUAGUGACAAAGAUAAGAUGGGUGGUUGAGUCAGCGAAUGGUAGGAUAAAGCAAUGGCGUUACCUUGGGAAAAUCCUGCCAACGAGCCAGGUUCCGUACAUUGGAGAUUUUGUUAGGAUUGUUUGUGCCAUCAGUAACAGGUACUUGAAAAGUAUUUCUAAUGGUAAUGCUGAAGAUGACCAGAUCCUUGGUACAAAAAUGAUUUACUUAUCAAAGCAAAUCAACACCCUUCGGCAGCAUGUUGAAGAAAACAAAUUGGAAAGACGAUCAGCUUGUUGGGAGGAAAUGGAUGAUAUCACUGACUUUCCAAACCUGGAUGAAGAGCAACUGAGGUCUCUGACAUGUGGCACGUACCAGCUGAAAUUAUCCCCAAGCUAUGCCCAGGAACAUAUUGAAGGAGAUUGUGCCAUUCAUGUCCACAAGGAGGAGCCAGGUCUAGUACGAAUCAGAAUGCAGAGUCGUCAUGUGUCAUCCAGGUCCUACCUUCUGUGGAUAAAGUAUGCAGAGGGUGCAAUAAUUGCAUGGUAUUGUAAGUGUAAGGCUGGUGCUCGUGUUGUUGGCAUGUGUGCACACAUUGCAGCCAUUCUAUGGUAUGUGGGGUAUGCACGGCACCAACCAGCGGGGCGAAUAGGUGUGCGUGAUUGGGGGGAGUUUCUGGAAGAUGCCACUUUGGUUGAUGAGUCUGAGAGUUCCAGUGAAGGCAGUGAAAUAGAAGAGUAAAACAGUUGUACCAGAGAAGAAGAUAUUGAUUGCUGAGAGAGAGAGAGAGAGAGAGAGAGAGAGAGAGAGAGAGAGAGAGAGAGAGAGAGAGAGAGAGAGAAGAUAUUGAUUGCAGAGAGAGAGAGAUAGAUUUUGUAUCAUCUUAUAAGUUGUUUUUAUUUCAAACAUCAUUAUUUCCUAUAUAUUCAACUUAUAUUUAUUUGGAAGAUUCCUUCAUCUCACUUUGUGAUCAUAAGAUGAUACAAUCAAUUAUUUUUAUAUUAACAUGAGUAAUUAAAACAAUUUUCAUACUCUUA